AUGCCUACCCUCCCGUCGAACCCAUACCGAGUCCUGUUAACAGGUUUUGGACCCUUCGGGUCGUUUGCAGUGAAUCCUUCCUGGUUAGCAGUGAAGCCCUUGCACAAUCUUAUUCUGGACACUCAACCGGCCCCCGUAACGCAUGAGGAGCAAGUUGUACUCGGUACAGACGGCGGCAACUGUGGAAUACGCCAAUUACACAUUACUUCUCUGCAAGUACCGACAGAGUACGAUGUCGUACUUUCCACUGUCCCAUCAUUCCACACCCGACCGCCUACUUUGCCGGAAUCCGAUGAUCCCGGCCAUCCUAUGAUACCUGCCGAUGGGUAUGAUUUGGUCUUCCAUGUGGGCGUCGCGGGGCCUGGUCCUGCGAGGUUGGAGAAGCUAGGCCAUAAAUCGGGCUACCAGAUGAGGGACGCCGCGGGGAAGAUGGCCCCUAUUAUUGCAGAGGAGGGAGGAGAGUUCAUCUACAAACGUAUGACAGAAGCAGAGGAGAUCGAGAUGGCAAGAAUCAGAGAGAGGCUCCCGAACAUCGAAAAGUACCAGCAAACAGGAAAGGUGCCCCUCCGGGGGUUCGCAAAAGGAUAUGAGCAGUUCGAAGAAGAAAUCCACACAGAUAUAGACGUUGAGAGACUCGUAGCUCAUCUGAAGGAGGCAUACCCAGAGUACAUCCGGGACUCGGUAGAUGCGGGGCGGUAUUUGUGCGACUUCACCUACUACUGUUCCCUUGCAGAAGCGCAACGGCAGAAGGAGAAAGAUUCAUCAGGGAAGCGCACCAAGGUGCUAUUCCUUCAUUGUCCGCCAAUAGAUCAGCCGCUGGGUACGGAAGAGGUGACGGAUAUGAUCAAGAGGACGAUCGUCUGGGUAUCGCAGAAUAGCUAGCUCACGUGAGAAAUAGACGACCAGGAAGGCCAUCUACGCCUGGUUCACAGGUUAUGUCGCAGGUCCAGGAGAUGGACACGUUGCUGACAGCCAUCUCCAGGCCGUCUCCGGGAGAAAUAGAGUACAUUGGGUUGCAGUCGCACGGAAACCAGAGA